AUGAUAUAUUUGUUUCAAGCUUUCAAAGGCCUGGUCAAAGUACGACCCGUAUCCAUCGACAACACCGUAUUUCGCUUACACUGGUUGUUUACCACAGUUUUUCUACUGGCUUUCAGUAUACUUGUUACCACUAGUCAGUAUGUAGGGAAUCCUAUCCACUGUAUGCCGAUAGGUGGCGUUCCUGAUGAUCUGCUUGAGUCAUUUUGCUGGAUUCAUUCAACUUUUUCUGUCUCGAAAGCCUUUAAUCUUCCCGUAUCACAAGAAAUCCCUUAUCCAGGCGUCUCCAACUCCAAUGGAGUUUCUGAGAGGAACUACCAUUCUUAUUAUCAAUGGGUAGGAUUUGUGUUAUUCCUUCAAGCCUUACUCUUCUACACGCCCUAUUACCUAUGGAAGAUUUGGGAGGGAAGGUUACUGGUAACAAUAUGUAACAUAAUACAGAUUGUUAUUGUUUCGGACGAAGAGCUUCGUAAGAAAACAGCGGACCUAACACAUUAUAUUUUGAAACAUAGAGGGCACCACAAGUACUAUGCUUUCAAGUAUUUUUUAUGCGAACUGUUGUGCCUGAUGAACGUCAUUGGUCAGUUUUACCUUCUCGACCUGUUCCUCGAUGGACGGUUCUUUACUUACGGAUUUGAACUCAUGCAGUUUUCACAACGAGACCAGAAAGACGUAGUAGAUCCCAUGACUUCUGCUUUUCCAAGAAUGACAAAAUGUGAAUUUCACGUCUACGGUAGUUCCGGCGAUGUUAGAAAACAUAACAGUCUUUGUUUGCUCCCGCAAAAUAUUGUGAAUGAAAAGAUCUACAUCUUCAUGUGGUUUUGGUUUGUUAUCCUAACCACUUCGACCAUUCUUGUUCUUUGCAGUCGGCUUGGUGUAAUUUGCGUUUUUAAAGUGAGGCUGUACUUUCUGCGCAGUAGAUUCAGGUUUACCGAGGAAGAGCAACUGCGCAUCAUUAGCCAAAACGUUGAUAUUGGUGACUGGUUCUUGCUGUACAUGCUCGGACAGAAUGUUGACCAGCUUAUCCUUCGUGAAACUGUCGAAGAAUUGGUUAAAGUAUUAGAGACACGCAAUAAAGCCAGCCUCCCAAAUGUUGUUUAA